GUUGUUGAACAAGCCGAUCGAGUAGUUUAACUGCUCAAACUAAAACCUCAGACUCGUUUAAGACUCAAAUUCUCCUUCUUCUCUCGUCUUUCUUCUUCUUCUUCUUUGGAAUCCAACACUGUAAUGAAGGGAGGCAAAGGGCCCACCCACGCGGUGGCGACAUGGGUCCGGCGACAGCCGCCGAAGAUCAAGGCUUUUUUCGCGGUGGUGUCGGGAAUGGCCGCCUUGGUGGUCCUCCGAAUGAUCGUGCACGACCACGACAACCUCUUCGUGGCGGCCGAGGCUGUCCACUCCCUCGGAAUCUCCGUCCUCAUCUACAAGCUCAUGAAAGAGAAGACUUGCGCCGGGAUUUCACUCAAGUCGCAGGAAUUGACGGCUCUGUUUCUAGCUGUGAGGCUGUAUUGUAGUUUGGUCAUGGAAUAUGACAUACACACGAUACUGGAUUCGGCUACAUUGGUGACCACGCUUUGGGUUAUUUAUAUGAUUCGGUUUAAGCUCAGGUCUAGCUACAUGGAUGACAAGGACAACUUCGCAAUCUACUAUGUGGUGCUUCCGUGUGCUCUGCUUUCAUUAGCUGUACAUCCCACGACACAUCAUUUUAUUGUAAACCGAAUUGGCUGGGCAUUCUGUGUUUAUCUUGAAGCUGUAUCAGUACUACCUCAGCUUCGAGUCAUGCAAAACACUAAGAUCGUUGAACCCUUUACGGCACAUUAUGUUUUUGCCCUGGGAGUUGCACGGUUCUUGAGUUGCGCACAUUGGGUCCUCCAGGUAUUGGAUUCUCGAGGACAGUUACUGACAACUUUAGGUUAUGGGUUGUGGCCUGGUAUGGUUCUUCUCUCAGAAAUUGUCCAGACCUUCAUACUUGCUGAUUUUUGCUACUACUAUGUCAAAAGUGCUGUUGAUGGGCAACUUGUUCUACGCUUACCCUCUGGGGUUGUCUAAGUCUAAGCGGUUCAGUGUGCAAGAUCAAACUGCAUCGCUACUAAAAAAUUUGGGAAUGUUGCCUGCUCUUUUGAAUCCUUUUCUUGUGCGGCUAUUAAGAGAAUGGUUGAAAGUCAUAGAGUGAACUGUAAAGCGAGGGAUGUUUUCUCACUAGUCAGGUUUACAAGGUAGUCAUUAGCAUAUACACUCGAUGUCUAGAAAACCUCCUAGCAUAGACUUUUUGUGAUUCUGCAUUUAGUUUCGAAGCGUUAUCAGUGUAUGCUAUUCUCUCUAUGUCCUUCGCUGGUUAAACGGGAAAGACGUGUAACUUGUUUGAAUGGAAAAUGUUAUGUAAACGUAAUACGACAUUUAAGCAUA